GUUACGUCAUCAAUCUGCGACCGCGACAGUUUCAUCGGUUAUUUGAUAGUCGAAACUGCUUCGUUUUGUCUUCGUAUUUCUUAUCAAUCGAAAGGGUAUCACCACUCAAAACAAAUGCAAUGAAAUGGAGAACUGAAGGUUUUUAGCAGAAUAUUUUGGAUUCCGUCUGUGAGCAUCUUUUAAGCAGUUAUUUUAUACAUGGCAAACUUUACUUAAGUUUGUUCAAAGCUAUCAAACCACACACACACUUUAUUAGCAUGGCUAAGGUGUGGCGUGAGGGCCACUCCACGGCCAUUUUGUGUGUGUCUGCGUCCCUGGGCCCUGAGGGACUGAUCGCCUCAGGUUCAGAAGGAGGGGAGGUCGCCGUUUGGAGUCAAGAAGGAUGUAUCCUUGGUCGCUUCAACCUCCCAGGUGAGAAGGACUGCACCAGCGUGGCAUUUUCUCCCACGGCACCGGACCUCCUUUACGUUUCCCAUGGCGACACGGUGAGCUUGCUCGACCCAAGGAACCUCAAUGGCACAGUAGAGGAGUUUGUCGGAGCUGGGGAGGAGGAGAUCAAUGCAUUAGCGCUGAACGAGAGCCGUUCGACUCUGGCGCUGGCCGAUGACUCGGGGGUGGUGCGGAUACUGGAGCUUCCUGGGGGUAAGGUGUGCAGGACGCUUCGCAGACACACCAACAUCUGCUCCUCCGUGGCUUUUAGGCCGCACAGACCCAACAACGUGGUGUCUGCUGGACUGGACAUGCAGGUGAUGCUGUGGGGUCUGCAGAAGACACGGCCCAUUUGGUCCCUCAACCUCCAGGACCUAGCGGAGGAGGAAGACAACCACCAGCAGCGUCCCGGUCAGCUUUUUAACCCUCCGCUGGCCCACUGUGUCUCCGUGGCCAGCUGCGGAAACAUCGUGGCUUGCGCCGCCGAGGACGGCCGAGUGCACCUGAUGCGUGUGGGUGGCGGCUCCAAACUGGAGCAGCAAGGGGCGCUCAAGGCGCACUGCCAAGGCGCCUCUCAAGCUCAUUUCAUCCCGUUCCUCUCUCACCCAUACUGGCUCGCCACAGGCGGCAAUGAUGGCCAUGUGGCUCUGUGGGACGUCAGUAAACACCCCGUGGUGACUCCUGAGGGCAAGGCCAAAGUCAAGGGUGCAACCGCGCCGCAAAGGAAAAGCAAAAGCAAGGCGAAGAGGAAAGGACAGGUGCGAGAGAAAGACGAAGCUGAGGUGGAGGUGAUGGAUAAGCCUGCACCCAAAGUGAACAUCGAUCAUGGGGACAAAGUGAACUGGUUGUGUCCUGCUUUGCUCAAAGGAACAGCCAGUCUGCUUGUGGCUGAUCAGAGCUCGAGUUUGACUGUCUAUCCGCUGCCUGAAGCCUAGAUUAUGCCACUUUACUCACUCAUCCAUUUCAAUAGCAGUGUGUCACAAUCUUUAUUUACCCAAGACACCCAGUUUUAUCGUCGAUUUGAAAAAUCUCAAAGAACACCAAACUGAAAUGUCACAAAACACAUUGGACAAAUUAAUAAAGCACUGCGAGUUAAGGCCUGUCUCACACUUAUUGACGCAGCCAAAAGUGAGACUACACUGGACAAUUGUGGAGAUAUUUUUUUAUUUUUUGCCAAACGCUUCGUCUGAACACUGCACAUCUUCCAACAUGCUGCAAAAAAAAAAAAAAAUGGAUGAGCUGGAACCUAUUUGAGGCAAGAGUCGGGAGUACACCCUGGACACUUUGCCAGCCAAUCAAAGUUCACCGUUUUCUACAUUCUUAAUGGUUUUGAUUUUACUGCUACAUACUUUUUGUCCAUCCCUUUUGUCGCCAUCACUGUUUUGUAGAAAGGACUGAACAGGAAUUACACUCUUGUGACUUGUUAUGACAAAGCGUGCAAUUUGUGAUCACCAGACAUGGCCUUUUUAUAUUUCUCACAUAACUGGGAUGCUUUGGGCUAAAUAUUCUAUUUAAUAAUCCUGUGACUAUUCAAAUCUAUGCAAACUGCUUUAUUAGUACCUAAGGGCAAUUCUAGUAAGUGAGUUUGUGCUAAUGAUUAGUCUAAUUCCAAUUUCAUUGGCACCUCCAAAAAUGGAUGGACUUUGAAGAGUCUUCAAUCCACCUCACAUGCAUGCUUUUGGAAUGCGACAGGAAGCCAGAGCAUGUAGAGAAACCCCAUAGGCAUGUUCAACCACUCAUCUAACGCGUGCAACCAGAAAUGUAGGACAUCGCUUUUCCAAGCGACUAAUUGUACUAUUUGACAAUUGAUCUCUUGUGUGCAACGGUUACAAAUGUGAUUCAAAACAUCACAUGUCAUUGUAGAUUUAAAUUUAGUGACAAUUUGAGCAUAGUACAAAUCAUUUUCAGUAAGGGAAAAUGUUUUCAAAUAGCUUUUUUUUCUGUCAACCCGCCCUAAUGAAUCUGUGUAUAAUCUGUUUGGCUUUACUCGGUGACAAACUUGGAAAUAAAAUGAAGCCUAAGCGGACAACCAAAAAGACCAUGCUGCCAUUUUGUACAAGAAUUUUUUUUUGUCAGUUUUUGCAGGAAUAAAUUAUGACCUGUCAUUACAAAUGCAUUCUUCACAACAAUCCCAUGCAUUCAAACUGCUCUAGAGCUAAACAUUUGUCCUUGUAUCAGAAUAAAGAGGCACACAGCUUCUCUUCCAUGAUGACAUGACAGCUCCUUUGCCCGUGAUUUCUUAAAGCUGUCCAAAAUGUGUUUUUGCAAUAAAUGUGUCAAUACCUGA